GUUAGCAUCCACUCGGACCGACAACACGGAAACGAACCCGGCUCAGACUCUCCUCCUGCGGGACGUUUUCUGAGGUUCCAGCGCGCCUCUCUCUGCGGCUCCCGGUUCUUCCCGGCUCCUCCGUCCUCCUGGUUCUGGAACAGUGAUUAAACCCGAAACAUGUCGGCGGUGCAGCGGAUGAAAGUGGCAAACGAGCGGCACAGCAAGACGAUCACACAGCGGGGACACGUCCAGAAAACAUCGCGACCAGUAAAUGACGACAAAUCUCCGGUGGGCCCGUGGCUGCUCGCGCUCUUCGUCUUCGUGGUGUGUGGUUCAGCCAUCUUCCAGAUCAUCCAGAGCAUCAGGCAGGGCAUGUGAUGACCUCUGACCCCGGAGCUGAGCCUGUGGCAUGGAGGGGGCGGGGCACGUCGCCUUCAUGACCCCGCCCACCACACACACACACACACACACACACACACACACACACACCCCGCUCCAUCUGUGUUUGUGAGGACCCUGGUUGACGUGAACCUGGACCAGGUCUGGCCUCGUCCCCACAAACGCAGACAGACGUGGACACACACUGGUCCUGUGGCGUUGGAACUCGUUUCUGUUCGACUGUCAGCCAGCCUCUCUCUGUCUGCAGUACAUCACUGUUUGUUUGUUUACUGUCUUCAGUGUCGAUGAAGCUGAUCGCUUAUUGAUUAUUGGUUACUGGUUGCUGUCAGAUGAAGUCUUAACCUUCCUGCUGUCGCCUGCCUGUGGUUUCCGGGGACACGCUGCUGCCUGUGGCCUCGUCAGCUGGAGGUCCUGCUCCUUAUUUAAACCUAUUUAUGUUUAUAAGUUUUGCUGUAAAGGAACAAAUGAAAAACGUUUUGCUGCUGAAAACAGUUUGAUAGUUAAAAUCUAAUGUUACCGUUUCUGUGAGCGUCCUUUGAACAUGAACUCCAAAUUCAGCUUGUUUUAGUUUUGUGAUGAACACGGACAGCAGCUGAGUUUCAGGUUUAAAGUGUACGAACUGUCCCUGAAGCUGCAGCCGGCACACCGGCAUCACUCACAUGUUUUCUUCUGUUAUUGUCUCAUAAACUGAAGAGGAAGCUGCUGUGAUGGACUUUUGCUGUAAAAUGCUUCAAAAACAUGAAUGAAUUUUGUCCACGUCGACCUUCAGGCCCGAAGCCGAAGAAGCAGAACCUACGGCGGGUUCCUGUUGUCAGGUUUAGUGGCCAAAGGGACGUCCAGCGUCUGAGUGUCCACAGCACAGAGCUGGGCACAAACUGGACCUGCAUCAGUGCAGCCCGUCGUCAGGAGUUCUGUCUGACGAGGGCAGGCGGCAGCGUGCUCCAGAACCCGUCCUCAUGUGCUGAAGCAGCAGCAGGCGGCACAUCUGAAGUUGUUUUUGCUGUAAAAUGAUCCACGGAGUGGUGUUGGUGUGAAGCAGUCGGAGGCUCCACGCUCCGCUUUUCUACAAAAUAAACCUCAGAUAUUUUCUCUA